AAAAGAAAAAGGAAGGGAAGGUGCCGCCACCAUACGACACCAGGGCUUCUCCUUUAAACCAUCAGUCAAUCUAAACGAAGGCGAAAUCUUCGCCGCCAGCUGUCCACGACCUCUCCCUAACUCUCCGGCUUUAGAAUCUAGCGGUGGAGCAGAGAAAGAAGGAUUAGUGUUGUUGUAAUGGCUAUUAUUGACAAUGGGAAGCUCCAAGAAGAAGUAGAAGCAUCAGCUGUUGCUCGUUUCCAUAAGAUUAUUCUGGGUUGGGACUAUAAACAGCUUAUAAAUGAAGAUGCUAGGAAGAACAAGAAGGUUACUAAAUCCAAGUUGAGUGUCGUGAAGAAUACUUAUAAAGAUGUUGAUGAUUAUUAUGAGACCUUUGAGCCACUUCUCUUAGAAGAAGUUAAAUCUCAAAUCUCCCGGGAUCAAGAUUCUGAAGAAGAAGGAGCAUCGGCGCCUGUAAUGAGAUUGGUAAUGGAGUGCAGCGAGGCUGACGGGUUUCACACUCUGCUAGUCAGUCACGAACACAAUAAGGGCGAGAAGUUUGGUCCGAAUGAUCUCUUAUUGCUAUCAAAAGAAAAGGUUGAAAAGAGUUCGUUUCCUUCUUCUUAUGGGUUUGCUAUAGUGGAAAACCUUCUGAGUAAUCAACUUCGUCUUCGGAUGUAUUUAGCUGAAGAUGUGGUGCAGAUAACCAAAAAUACUAGAUCCUCUAGAACAAAGCAGUUUAUCCAAUCUCUCUCAAAUAUGCGCUCUCAUAUUACAUCAUCUGCCGCCCUCGAAAAAAAAUUUGUGUUCAGUGUAAAGUUAUGUAGUUUAUCAACCAUUAUUCGGGAAUAUGUAGCACUACGAUCUAUCAGUUCUCUUCCUUUCAAGGAUUCAAUCUUUACUGCAGCAGAUAAAUCUUGUGGUUCUGGAGAUGAUCCGUGGAAAAUAUCUGGACCUCUGCAGGAAUAUUUUACCGAAAAUCUUAAUAAAUCUCAGAAGGAGGCAAUUGAUGUUGGUCUAUCAAGAAGAUCCUUUGUCUUGAUACAGGGUCCUCCAGGAACUGGGAAAACUCAGACAAUUCUUAGCAUUCUUGGUGCCAUUAUGCAUGCAACUCCAGCACGAUUUCAGUCUAAGGAGCAUGAGCGAAAGCGUCGAGUUCAGAUGACCAUUGAGGAUAAAUACAAUCACUGGGCAUUAGCUUCUCCUUGGAUUUUGGGUGUCAACCCACGAGAUGAUAUCAUGCCUGAAGAUGGUGACGAUGGUUUUUUUCCGACCUCAGGAAAUGAGAUGAAACCGGAGGUGGUUAACACCAACCGGAAGUACAGGAUACGUGUACUUGUCUGUGCUCCAUCAAACUCUGCACUUGAUGAGAUUGUGUUGCGUCUCAUGACUUCGGGUCUUCGUGAUGAAAACGCUCAGACAUACAAACCCAAAAUUGUACGAAUAGGUCUCCAUGCACAUCACUCUAUCACGUCAGUAACGCUGGAUCACCUGGUCAAACAGAGGGUUGGUUCAGCCAUUGAUAAAUCAAAACAAGGAACCACAGGAACUGAUGCAGAUAGCAUCCGCACUUCAAUAUUGGACGAGUCUGCAAUUGUGUUUUCUACUCUUAGUUUCAGUGGGUCACCACUUCUCGCGAAAUCGACCCGUGGUUUCGAUGUCGUUAUCAUAGAUGAAGCUGCACAAGCUGUUGAGCCGGCAACUCUUAUCCCCUUGGCCACUAGGUGCAAACAAGUAUUUCUGGUAGGGGAUCCAAAACAACUCGCAGCUACUGUAAUCUCAACUGUUGCUCAGGAUUCUGGCUACGGUACAAGCAUGUUCGAGAGACUUCAAAAGGCUGGCUAUCCGGUAAACAUGUUGAAAACCCAAUACCGGAUGCAUCCAGAGAUAAGAAGCUUUCCGUCAAAGGCAUUCUAUGAAGAGGCACUGGAAGAUGGAGCUGACAUUGAGGCCCAGACGACUCGUGACUGGCAUAAAUACCGUUGCUUUGGUCCGUUUUGCUUUUUUGAUAUACAUGAAGGGAAAGAGUCAGAACAUCCAGGAGCAACUGGCUCUAAGGUUAAUGUUGACGAGGUGGAGUUUGUUCUUCUCAUCUACCACAAACUCGUAACCAUGUACCCGGAGCUCAAAUCAAGUUCUCAGCUAGCUAUUAUAUCGCCUUAUCGCUACCAAGUAAAAACUUUCGAAGAUAGGUUUACGCAGAUGUUUGGUAAAGAGGCUGAGGAAAUGGUCGAUAUCAACACUGUCGAUGGGUUCCAGGGAAGAGAGAAGGAUGUGGCUAUUUUCUCAUGCGUUAGAGCUAACGAUGCAGGAGGAAUUGGUUUUCUCUCUAAUUCUCGGCGGAUGAAUGUUGGGAUUACACGAGCUAAAUCUUCUGUUUUGGUUGUUGGUUCAGCUGCAACAUUAAAGAGUGAUCCGCUUUGGAAAAACCUUGUGGAAAGUGCUGAGAAGAGAAACCGAUUAUUUAAGGUAUCCAAGCCUAUGAAUGAUUUCUUCAGCGAGGCGAAUCUAGAGACGAUGAAAGUGACGGAGAAGGAUAUGGAUAUUCCUGAUGCACCAGGGUUUGAAGAUGAAGCUCCUCCAGUUACAAAUUUCGGUGGAGAUGAUGAUAAUGACUUUGGAGAUGGUGAUCAAGAUGAUGCAGCCUUCGCUGAAGAAGACUAAAACACUAAUAUAAUUCUCGUUAUUAUUUAGAUAUUAAGAAGUUAGAGGGUACUUGUUUGAACAUUUAACAAUAUCUUGCUUUAGUUUUUUGCAUGGUUUAUUGUGGUUUAGAGAAUGACAAUUGGUAAAGCUUAAGUAUCUCUCGCGCCACAAACUCAAAGCCAUGCCAAGCCAAGUAGACAUCAUUAUUACUAUUCAAUUGAUAUCUUAUUUCUAAUAAGGCAAUAUAAU